AUGGUCACAGGACUUCCUCAAAUUACUGCUCCUUUUAAAAUCUGUGAAGAAUGUGUUGUUAGCAAACAAACUCGCUCUCAAAUUUCUAAAGAAAAGUCAUGGAGAGCAAAGGAUGUGUUGGAGCUUGUGCAUUCAGAUCUUUGUGGUCCAAUAAACCCAACAUCAAAUGGAGAGAAAUUUUCAGUAGCUUGCACACCAAAAAAUUCAGCAACUUCAGCAACAGUUGCUGUAGAAAAUGAAGAAACAACUCAGUCUGUUGGGUGUACUAUAAGAAGGCCUGCUUGGAUGGAAGAUUAUGAGGAAGCUGAGUUUGUUUCUGCGACUGCUUGUGCUUGUCAAUCUAUUUGGUUGAGGAGACUUCUAGAGGAGUUGAAAUUCAAGCAAUUAGGAGCUACCAAGAUCUUUUGUGACAACAAUUCAGCAAUCCAACUAUCUAAGAAUCCAGUGCUACAUGGAAGAAGCAAGCACAUUGAUGUGAAGUUUUAUUUCUUAAGAGAUCUUAGCAAUAAUGAAACAAUUGAAUUGAUCUAUUAUAGGAGUGAAGAUCAGAUUGCGGAUAUUUUCACCAAAGCCUUGAAGAUGGAGUCAUUCAUGAAACUUAGAAGGCUUCUAGGUGUCUUCACAAUUAAAGAUGUAAACUGA